UUUCCUCCCCCUCUUCACUCUGAUUGGCCGAGCCCGCCGGAAGUCCAAAGUUGUACUUCCGCGUCGCUCAGCAAACAUGGCGGACAAAGACAAGAAGAAGAAGGAGAGUAUCUUCGACUUGUCCAAAUACAUCGACAAGCCAAUUCGGGUUAAGUUCCAAGGAGGACGAGAAGCUAGCGGGGUUCUGAAAGGGUUCGACCCGUUACUCAACCUGGUAUUGGACGGUACUAUCGAGUACAUGAGAGACCCUGACGACCAGCUGAAGCUGACAGAAGACACCAGGCAGCUGGGCCUGGUGGUGUGCAGAGGCACGUCGGUGGUGCUCAUCUGUCCUCAGGACGGCAUGGAGGCCAUCCCUAACCCUUUCAUACAGCAACAGGACGGCUAACAUCCGCUGGAUAUUUUGCAAGGAUGACGUUUUUGUUUCCGUUUUUUAAAAAACAAAACAAUCAUAGUAGCUGUGAUGCUUACACUUUUGUUUAAAAAACAUUUAUUAGGAACUUGUAAGCACUUCACUUUGUCGUGUGUGACUUUUAGUUUCCCCUUUUCCUCGUUUUUUGAUAAGAAAUAAACCUAUUUUGAGUUUUG